AGCUGGUGCCGUGCCGUUGGUUGGACGCCUUGACGGAUGAGCUGUUUGGUGUAACAAAGGACACGCAUGGCGCCUUGUGACACGUGCGCCUCGAUUUUUCAUCCCACGAUGCCAGCGUUGGCCUCCCCUCCUCGCUGCUGAUUAGUUAUUAGCUAAUGCGUCUGCCCGCCCGCCCGGCAGUGCCUGCCUCAUCAACGGGCGGCCCGUAAAACGGCAAGUGCGGCCCGUCACGUCUCGGGCACGUGGGUCUCGACGGGUGUGGCUUUCCCAGCGGCGCUGGUGGCUUGGGGAUGCCCGCGGAAGGAGCAUCUGGGUCGCAGAGAGCAAGAGCGGCGCACGUGAUUGCCAUGGUAGUGACUGGGAGGAAUUCAGUCAUCGCCCGCGUAACGUCUGCUUCGUCCAUGACUUGCUGGUCAAUUGCGCUCGUCAAUACUAUUGUGGACGUUCUUGCUGACAAUUAUUCCAGGCACCUGCAGGCACCUGACCAUCCACCGUUCUUUGGCCGGCCCGAGUAUGCCCGCUGCGGCGGCAUGCAAUGCGCAAUGCAUGCUACGUUCGGUUCGCGAGCCGUCAGAUUGAGAGUCGAGUCGGCUGCUGCUGCGUUGACAACGCAUCACAGUAGGUCGCCUCGCAAGGCUUGGAUGCCAUGGCUCAGGGCUGGAGAGCUCCUUCACAAGACCACCAUCCUCGCCUCGAGUCAAGCGUUCCGCACCAGCCGGCAAGACGCGGCACAGGUUCUCAGCCAUGCCGUUGACCUGGCCCUGCAUCGUCAUUUCAAGGACGACGCGACAGGCCGCCGGCGACGCGUCGGCGACGUCUUGCACGCGGCCCGGGCAGCGCCGGAGAUCACGGGGCAGAGACCCACCCGAUUCCGCCCUCAAGCCGGCGCCCGGCGCGCAAGAGUGCCGGGGGACUACGCAAGACUGAUCCACCGCAAUUUCGGUGCCGCCGCAAUCUCUAUGCAGGCCAUCCACCAUGCUGGAGCA